UGGCGAUGAGAGGACGCACGUGCUGACCGGCUUCAGUCAAAUCUUGAUGCGAAGUUAUUUAUGUAUUUAUGCUGUUCACGAGUGAUAAUUGCUUGUAUACCUAAGGAAAGUGGUGCAAUGAUAUAAUUUUCUUUUCGGCUUAUUGAAUGUUUUCGUGCCUAAAGAAGUUGGUGUUACUCGAGUGUGAUUGUUUUGGUUGGUAGGGAUCUGUGAAGCGAACGCCGCAGCCCAGUUGGGACCCUUGUUAUGCCCACGGAUUGAACUACUUGUCUUGGGCACAUACCAUAAUUUCCAGAUUCAACCAUGCCCAGAUCAAGAAGACGAAUUCUAAAAAGAAGAAGAUUGUAAUGUAACGAUCAUGUUGGUGAGACGUUUACCGCCACAUCAUUCCAACCUGCAACAUUGACAGCGUCUGCAAUAUGAGAAGACGAUUUAGUGAUAGACGGCAAUAUUUAAAAGCAUCGUGGUGCUAGCAGCUUAUAAACUUAAGGUUCGCCGUGCGAUGCGCGGCCAGACCAAAGCAAGUGGCGGAGGCGCAGCGUCGCUCAAAGAUGACGCGUCCGUUGGCGGUGGCGGGCCUCUUAAAACCACCGGCGGUGGACGGCGAAAAAACAACAACAACGCUGGUAACGGCGUCAAGAGCGGCAACGCAUCGGCGAGCUCAACCACAAUCAUGAAUAGCAACCCCAUCAAAACUGAACCCCUCGACAUCAAACCUGACCCUGACUCCUCCAUGCCUGUGCUCAACGGAGACGACGGGUCUAAAGGCUCCCAUGCCAACAACAACUCUAUCAUCAACAACAACAAUGCUUCUCUCAAUGCCCUCAUGCCCGAUACUAAGAACGUGAAGCAGGAGCUAAGUAACGGCACGGGAGGCGACGUAGCAGGCAUGGGUGCUGACAUCAAGCCGUCCAUGCUGGCGUCCAGCAGCUCAGGCAGUACGCCCACGCACACACCGCCCCAGUGCAACGAAGCAGGCGAGUUGCCCGGCGACGGGUUGACCGGGAAGGGUGGAGGAGUAAGCAUCUCAGGCGGAGACGCUCAGUACAUGCAGCAGCAGUCGCAAAUAUUCGUUUUCUGCACAAGCCUCGCCAACAAGGCGGCUGAGAGCGUCUACCAGGGCACCUACCCCAACAUAAUUGGCUACCAUUGCUCACAACCUGCCACCAAGAAACUCUUAGAGAAACACCCGUUGAAAAUGACCCAAUUUGCGAGACAAAGUAACGCUCAUUGGUUUAAUAACUUCGGUGGGGCCAUGAAGGGCCCAAAAGGACCGGGACCAAUUAAAGGUCCCAGCAUGCAGGGCAGCAUGCCUCAUGUACAUCAUAACGGGCCCAUGCCUCCGGACAUGAACUGUAUGAACCCUAUGGCCGGACAACCUAAUAUGAUUCCUGACUCUUGCGGCAUGAUGGUUCCUAACCGCAGCAUCACCAGUCCCGCUGGGUCCAUGAUGGGACCUAACCCUAACAUGAUGGGUGGCGGGCCUAGCUGUGGAGGACCAAGCAUGAUGGGCCCUGGGGGCAUGAUGGGCUCAAGGGGACCUGGUCCAAUGAUGCCUUCAAAUAUGGGACCUGCUUGUAUGGGCGGUGGUGGGCCCAUGGGUCCAAAUAAUAUGUUGCCUGGGUCUAUGGGUUCUGGUGGCCCAAUGGGCCCUGGUGGACCAAUGGGACCAGGUGGACCAAUGGGGCCUGGUGGACCAAUGGGUCCCGGUGGACCCAUGGGACCCGGUGGCCCGAUGGGACCCGGUGGCCCGAUGGGUCCUGGAGGACCAAUGGGUCCAGGUGGACCGAUGGGUCCUGGUGGUCCCAUGAACCCUAACUUGGCCUCUUUGGGGCCUGGCCAAAUGAGAUUACCUGGUCCUUGUGGUGGAUCGACUACAGGUUUCGGCGGUCCUAAGGAAGAAUUUUUGACACCUGAGCAACGUCAGCACCGCGAGGAGCAGAUGGCUAAGCUCGCUAGAAUGCAGACGCUGCUGCUACCAGAGUUACAAGGCGAUGGAAGCAGUCCCAAUAAUAAUGCUCCUCAGACCACUCCGCCCUCUUCCCUUUCACUACCUCCCUCAUCGAGUGGCAGUUGUGGUGCACCACUCAAUAACUCGACGAGUGGCUGCGGCGCUCCACUCAAUUCGAGCUCAACUCCUUCGAGCUUACCUUCAGCAUCGUCGUGCACACCGCUCUCCACUCACGGCUCUCCCCCUGCACCGGUGACAACGCCUGCUUCAUCCAUGCCUGGUGCCACACCUCCCUCUUCAACUUCUGCUCUAAUGCCACCAACUCCCCCUUCCACCGCCACUAGUUUACAAGGCAACUCUAUCGCCACUACGAACGCCCCAAGUAACGGUGGGCUACCGUCAUCUUGCAGUGGCGGGAUCCCCUUGUCAUCUCCGUCGUCUUUAGUGGCAGCGCCGCACACUCCGGCAUCUUGUGCCACCACUCCCACCACCAUCGUCUCAAACGCCUGCUCCAUGGGGGCUUCUCCUGCCCCUCCUUCCCACUGCAUGGGAGGACCAUCGCCAGUAAUGGGACACAGUCCUAUGGGCAUGAGCCCCGGCAUGGGGCCGAGUCCAGGGAUGGGUCCCAGUCCUGGCAUGGGGCCCUGCAUGGGUCCUGGAAUGGGUAUGCCUGGUAACAUGAUGCCGGGUCAAGGCAGCAUGGGCCCUGGGCCUAACUGUAUAAUGGGUCCUGGUAUGAGGAUGAUGCCUGGAGGCCAGCCGAUGAUGAUGGGCCCGCACGGUCCCCACAUGUCCCCGCAGAUGGAGUGGCAAAGAUUGCAGGCAGAUUUUUUCGAAAGCAAGCGUAAAAAGUGUGGCCAAAAUCCCAGCGGCAACGGCGGAGGCUGCAUGGGCCCAGAUGGGUCCAUGGGGCCUAUGAUGCAUAUGGGUCCUGGUGGAAUGGGACCGGGCGGAAUGGGUCCUGGUGGCCCAAUGGGCCCAGGAAUGAACAUGGGUGGGGGCAUGGGACCAAGCGGCCCCAUGUGUGCAAACGGUAUGGGGCCAGGAUCUAUGGGCCCGGGAUCCAUGGGCCACAUGGGACCUAUGGGGCCUAUGAAUGGCAUGGGCCCUGGAAAUGGAAUGUGUCCAUCGGGUAUGAGCCCCAUGGGUAAUUCAGGUCAUUUGGUGCCCAAUAGUAUGAUGGGCCCCAACAACGGCAUGGGCUCUGGCGGACCAAUGGGCAACAAUGGCAUGAUGGGCGGUGUUGGGCCCAUGGGACCGAUGAUGAACUGUGGCAUGAUGGGUUCAGGUGCUCCAGGCCCAAUGCGUGUGGGUUCGAACAGAAAUCAAGGGCCUCCGCCUCCCUAUCACGUCCCUAGACCAAACGGCCCAAUGGGAUCUCCCGGUUCUCCAUCGAUGUGUUCGGCGGCUCCGUCUCCUCGCCAGCCCACGCCUCGUCCUACUCUUAGUAACCCAUCGACGCCCUCCGGACCCAUCAACAGUCCCUCAGGCUCACACUCCAUGGGCAAAGACACGCCUGUCACCUGCGCCAUGCAGCAGCAACAUUCUUUAUCGAACGACAUGUAUGGGAGACAGAUGCAGAGUUUCCAGCAACAACCUCAACAUAAACUGCAACACGCAUGCAGCAAAGCAUCUCAACAGACUGGCCCCAACAUCCCGCCCUCCCCACAAAGCUGCCAGCCCCCAACACCCCAACAAGGGGGCAUGUGUCCGAGUGCCGCAUGUGAUGGCAGUAAAGAAGCUAGCCUUAUGCCCGUACCCUCCCCUCAGCAGAUACAAUAUUUAAAUGCCUUUGAAGGACAGGAGCUCACCAUUCAGAAGCAGCCCAAUAACACGAGCAGCUGUAGAGACGGCGAGCUACUUUCUCCAAUCGGUGGUACGAUAGACAGCACAGCAGGAAACCUCGCCUCCACCACCACCACGCUGAGCAGCAGCAACAAUAACGGGGCCGCUUGUUCUCCCGCUUCUUCAUCGUCAUUUGCGAACAACACACCACCCCAAGACUCGUCUCUACCGUGUUCAACGGCGAGUUCAAAAUCCCGAUACUCCCAACAACAACAGCCUUCACCCGCUCCUCCCACAACUCCCGUACCAUCUGGGGGACCAAGAACUCCCGCGUCAGUAGAUCAUAACAAUUCUCGUUUUCCCGCACCCUCCCCGAAAGCUCCUGGUUCUUGUAGUGGCCCUAGUACUCCUGUGAGUGGGGACAUGCUGAGAGGAUUUCCUGGCACAUCUCCACUACCAUCGAACGGUCCCGAUUUGCUCAACACGGGCAGGUUUUCGACGGGGUCUGCCUCGGGUGGACUCUUAGGCUCCAAUAAAUUAGGCAGCGCGAGCUCUUUAGAAAUGGAAUUAAGUAAUAUGCCUCUAAAUCCCAGCGCUGUCACAAACGUUCCAUCCAAAAUCUUUGAUCCAAUCUCAUCCAUGGCUCAGAUGAGCCAACAACUCACAUCCACGGGGCCACCGGAACCGCCUGUUGUACCGACAGGUCCCGGCAUGGAUCCGGGACCGAUGUUAAUGCCUCCUGUGUCCUCGUCUCCAACAAUGAUGGCGUCUCCUGGUGCUCAUCGAGCCUCACCUGGCACCAUGGCCAUGAUGGGCACAAAUCCUCGCCUGAUGGGCCCCAGACCUGGAGCGCCCAUCACGUGUGCUGGGCCGAACUUUAAUCCUGUAAAUGUGCAAGUUAAACCCGGAGGUCCAAAUGCUAUGCAAUACAUGCCACCGAGACCGAAUAGCGGGCCCAGGCCCUCCAUGGGCGAAUAUAUGCCUCGACCUUCUAGCCCUUCAUCAAUGUGUUUAACCAACACCACUACGUCUAUGCCUAUACCCAACGGGCCCAUGGGAUCCAUGGUUUGUUCCACGGGGCCAAAUGGAGGCAUGGGCGCCAUACCAUCCUCAAUGGCCGGCCAUAUGGUGAGCAGUAUGGGCCCUAAUCCUCACUUCUCUAUGUCAGGGCCUCAUAUGCAUGGGGGUAACAUGGGCAUGGGUCCUGGUGGACCUAUGGGUGGCAUGGGCCCUCAUGGUGGUAUGCCAGGGCACAUGGGAGGACCUGGGGGCCACAUGAUGGGGCCCAAUGGCCCCAUGCAACCUGGAGGUCCUAUGAUGGGACCUAACGGCCCAAUGUCAAUGAACCAAAUGAUGGGUGGCCCCAUAGGUCCAGGUGGACAAAUGAUGGGCCCAAGAUGUCCAGGUGGUCCUAUGAUGAGAGGCCACAGUCCUGGUAUGAUGCCUGGCAUGGGUGGGGACAUGUACGGUAUGGGUGGCCCAGGAAUGGGUGGUCCCAUGGGUCCCAACGGUCCCGGAUGUCAGAUGAUGGGGGGCUACGGGACCAAAGGCUCCCCGGGUCUGGGCGGCAGUGUCGACGCUGCUCAGCCUCUUCCUCCGUCCAUGGGUCAAUCGGGCUCGGGGCGCGGGGGAGCUAAUGGCGUGAACAGCAACGGUGGCUUCAUGGCUCCCACCACUGCCGACCCUGCAUAUGCCGCGCAGUUCCACAACUUCCAGCAACAACUUUACGCCACCAACACAAGACAUCCUCACAUGGUAUCACACAUGGGCCAGGGGCCACACAUGGGCUCUAUACCACCGUCCAUGAUGGCAGGGCCCGGUCCUGGCAUGGGCCCGCCUGGCAUGAUGCCUCAAGGGGGUUUUCCUUAUGCACCCAAAUGAACACUUUAGCUUUCUGUGUUUAGUCGUUCAUGCCUUACUGCAGAUAACUUCUUACGUUGCCAGAUUGUUGACCUCAGUUUGCAGUGAAAAUAAUCGUCCGGAUCUCAGUUGCUUGUUUUGUUGUUUGAUAUCGGUAGCCUUGUACAGUUUUUCCCUUGACAUUUUUGUGGCGUGGAUGCAGUUGUAUCCAGGGAACUAUUUAAUAUGUGAGUGAUUGAUUCAAUAUUAUCAUUGCUAUAAUUGUGAUUCUUAUAAUGAUUCUGCUUUAGUUUGGCUGUAGCCACAUUGUUCGACACGAAUGGUGUACCACUCAUUUGAUAAUUAAUGUCACGUGAUUCUCUCCGCUAAGUCUCAUUUAUUUUACGACGCAGUUUAAGAGCUUUCUCAAUGAAUGCACUUCCCUUCACUCUCUGGCACCCCUUGUCAAGUUACUCGCUGUGAUAUGUUUGCUUUCAUUACUUGGGGAACACUGCAGUAAUGAUUAGUCUAUAGGACUCUUAUGAAACUCCGCCCUCCUUCUCAGUCCGCAUCUCCACAACGUUUUGCCCCAACACUCUUCCUCACCCUUCCCAGUUCUAAGCGCUCGAAUUUACAGCGAGUGCUUUAUUUUUGUGACGAAGGUUUCGAGUCCCGUGCCAUGCUUAACCUCAGUUUCUAUCCUUCCUAUCAUGUACGGGUCAGAUGCAAGAAUUUCAGUGGUACUAUUUAUUUAAUGUUAUUGAGGGCGGUGGUUGUUGAGUUUAUGCGCCGAGUUCACCUUCUUCAACCUCCUUACUGGCAGCCAUCGACGACAAAUGUGCUUUCGACUGUUGAAGCUGACUACUACUCGUCUUAACCUAUGCAACUGAAUUGAGAAAUGUGCAAACACAGCAAUAAUUGUUGUUUGAGACGACGAUAAUUGUGAACCAGUGCCGUGUUUUGUGAAGUUCUAUGUCAAAAAUAUCUGAACGAUAUAUCGUCAAAAUAUUUUGUCGCAUGUUAAUCAGUGCUCUGACUCUGUGUCGCUAUGUUGAAAAAAUGAGGGUAUACCCUUACAAAACGUGGAUAUUGACUAUGCAAUCCAUGGUUGGUGCAGUUUAUGACACUAAUUGCAAAUUGAAAACGAACUCUGUACUAGAGAUGUGCUCUGAGUGGUGAUCAGACGGUACAAACUCUAGAGCUAAAUACUCCCGUGGCCACUUCUCUCUCGUUAUUUGUUGUUAUUAUUUACUAGUGCUUGCAUCAUCAUUGUUGUUACAUUGUAAGCUUCUGCUAUGCUCAUUUGUUCCAAGAGGCCACACGCCAUGUGUAAAAAAUAAGGAUUAGAUUAAGAUUUCUAGAAACCGAGUGCUCCUUGGAUAACUUCUUCACGUGUCUCAUCGCUAUUUGCUUUUGUGCAUUAGGCAACAUAAUUGUCUGUGGAUCAAACGUGGCGUAUGAACAUGAUACUACUUGACUUACAUACUGGUUCAUAACUUUCUCGUUAAAUGGCAGAUAAUUCCACUUGUUUUGUCUUGAUUGAACUGAUUUAUAUUUUUGAUGAAUAAUGAUUUAAUUUAAUUUUCGCUAACGUGUGUGUAAAAUUUGACAAUUCUUCGUACGAUAUUUGAUCUUGACCCUUUGAAAUCAUCUUGAAAUAAUUAUUAGCGACCAUCAUUCGCCAUUUAAAUUUAUAAUAAAUAUAUACCUUGAAUCAUUUACUGUGCUUGAGUGUGCAUUGAUUGUAGUGAUGAUUUUGAAGCCGUGAAAACAACUAAUUUCAUUUAACUUCCUGACGAAUAUGUUUUACAAAAAAAUAUUAAGUGUAACAGGCGGCGUUGAUCACUCUCAUAUCGGGGAAUCGAAUGUAGUAUACUUCAUUGUUUACUGUAACGGUUUGUUUGUUUCAAGAAAGUUUUCUAUCUGUCAUGACCAAGAAGUGUAGCUAACGUGUGUCGUGUUGGUUUAGUAUUUCCUUUUGGAUUCUCUAGCGGUGCGACAGCCGUGAAAUUCGUUCAUAAGACCUCGUUUUCGGCUUCGCUGGAAGCAGUAUUGUGAAAGUUGUUAAGUUUGCCAGAGCUUCAAGGAGUCGCUCACGAAGCAUGCAUGCAGUAACUGUCGUGGCAUUAUGUCAACCCAAUUUCAGUGCUUGCGUUUGGCUCUCUAUUGGCGAUUAUUUAACUAAAAAUUAAAUUCAUUAUUAUACGUUUGUUUCUUCGAUUGGCAGCUUUCAUGAACCUUGAUGCUCAAAUGUAACCUCUCGUAGGAGCGGUGACCUGGUGCUUGGCAAUCAUGAUUAGUUAAUGGACUAUCAAAAACAUCAUUUGAUGUUACCUUAAUUUGGUGUUGGCGAAGAAUACGCGCCAAAUUCGUCAAUUCUCAAUAUUUUGUGUGAUCUUGACUGAGUGCCAUCAACGCUCCCACUUUUCCGCGUAGUUGUACAGAAUUGAUUUUAAAAUUGAAAUUAGGUUGUACGGAAUAGUGAGUAUUUGUGGUAAGUGAAUGAACUAUCUCGAAUUUACUGUGUACAGCUAGUUUUGGGUCCUGUAUAAAGUUUUCUUAUUGUAAGCCUUCGUUACUGGCAGUUGUCUCUCGCGACCUCGGAACUUGAGCGAAAAAAAUCGCUGUUGUGAUUGGAGGUGAAGUUACCCAUUCAUUUAAAAGGAUUCCUCUAAGGAGUUCAAUUUUCAAGAUUUUCAGUACUUGCGAUCAAAUUUAAGCUAUGUAUUUAAUAAUGGUUAUGAUUUUGGCCGGUUUAACUUAGUGUCUUGUCAAUACGUGACGCUGAAAGUCCAAUACUUGUGUAUCUCCUGCCCAUCUUGCAUGACAGCUCGACGAUUUGCUCGUUUGAAAUGUUUAGAGAUGAAAACUAAUGUCGCCAGCUCUUGUUUGUACCUCCUGUAGAUAUCUUGUACAAGAACUUGAGUAGAAUAAAUAUUGUAUUGUAUAGCAAUAAUGUGAUUUGAUGAGAAUAGUUACUACUGAACUGUACAAACGAUUUUAGGGCACUCCAAGUUCUGAUGGUGACUGUCCGCCUCCUCCCUUUCUCUUAACUUUUUCAAGUUACUCCUAUACCCGGGGUUUAUUUUGUUAUCCUGUCCUAAUUUAAAGUCAUUUUAAUAUAACUGCUAAAUCAGGCAUUAAAAAAUUGAUUGACGGCAAUUGGGCAGUUAUCUAAAAUUACGGCAUUGAGUAUUUCUGCAAAAUUAAAGCCUACUUUUGCAUUCUCAGCAGGAGACUGAAACGCCACAUACUACAUUUGCCGAUGUAUUAAAUUAAACCACUCGAUUGUCGCCCAAGUUUACUUACGAACUCAUGCCUGGCAUUAUUCCUUAUACUAGACGAAACUUGGCUUCUAGAAAACGUGACCUGUGAUGCAGCUUUCUAUUUAAUACCAAACUCAAACGAGUAAACUAAUGUUAUUCUUCACUUUGGGAAGCUUUUAUUAUUGGCAGCUAUGCGAAAUAAGUCCUAAUUCAAGCCUGCUAUCUUCGUUUUUUUUCAUCCAAUUCUCGUAUAUUAUUCGUCUUACGUAACUCGGUUACUAACUUCGCUGUACUCGAGAUCCUGGGAGGAUGGCGACAAUUUUUAUUAUUGAAAGUUUUACAUAAAAAUAUUUUACA